AUGCAGCUUCACAUCAUCUGCUCGGCCAUGGCCGCCAUGCUCUCCUUUGGUAUCGCGGUACAAGCAUCACCGAUUCGCUGCUCGGACUUCAACCGCGACCUCAUCCUUUCUGGAAAGGCGCAACCCGAGAUUUGCUGCUCCUACGGCACCUGCAAGGGCGACGUCGUCAUCAGAGGCGGCUGA